AUGGUUCGACAACUACGAAUAUUAAAUCGAGAGAGUUCUCAUCGAUGGCGAAGAGCUUCCUCAAAUAAUAAGAACCAUCGACGCCAGUCCCUGCAAGUCACCAUCAGCAAAGAGCCUCCCACUAUCCAGUACUUUGAACGUGAUAAUCUUGAAGACAGCUUUGAAUGCAUAUUUGAUCCCAUGGUCUGCCACGAUGACGAGAAAGAUCAUCCCGACUUGUUCGUGCCGAGUCGAAAGCAACUGAAGCCUUGGCAGAAACCGCCAUACACAGAUUGUUACAUCGAUAACCAAAUUCAAACGUCGUUUUUGAAGCGACUAGUUCACUGUAUGGUGUUCCAAAACAACAGUCAGGGCAAUUUUUAG